AUGACCAGGGUCCUGCCGACCUGGGCGGCGUCGGCGUGGAACCCGCGGGGAACCGUACCUUCGCAGACGUUGUGCAAGUUUCUGUUAAUCAAGGGGCAGACCCUCCUCUCCCACCACACUCUCCUGCGCGGUGCCAGCAUCCGCGAGAUCACGCUCUCCGACAUCUUCCUGUACCGACUGGCGAGUACCUCAUCGGUUAACCCGAACAACCAGCCCGUCGUCAUGGUGAUUGCCACGCGGAACUCGAAGACGUCCAAGGAUGCCCGUCUCCAGCAAAGCUACGCGGCGAGACACUUGGAAGCGGAGUUGUGCGCCAUCGGCGAGACCGGCCUGUGGUUGCUCUACAUCCUCGACCAGAUCGGUCAGACGCACGGCGUCGACUUCCUCCCGCCGCUGGACACCCGAGCGCCAGCGCUGUUACAAGAAGCACCUCUUCGUCGCCCACAACGACAAGGUGCAAAACGAGCUCCCUGCUGCCAGCCACCAACGAUGGACGUGGCAGUUGUGGACGACCAACAAGGUGUUCUGCAAGCGGAACGUGCACGCCACACGUGCCGGAGGGGCGCAAGAGCUUGCCAUGGAAGGGACGCCGCGCGCCGAGAUAGCCGAGCUGGGUCACUGGGCACUCGACAAGAUGACGAAAUCUCUCUCCGCUUUGACGCCGAACACGAGGUGAAAGUCCUCCGCCAGAUGCUGACGUAUGAGAGGGAGCGCACCACAGUCGAGAAGAUCGACCCCCAGGACGUGAUCGAGAAGCGCAACAAUACCAUCGCGACGCUGGUCGCCGAGGUAACCCGUCUCACUGAGGCACUCCGUGUGUCGGAAGCACGGAGGAUGCCGGAGGCACCGCCAGCGGCGAACGAGCCACCGCCGAGCGAUGGUGGUUCCGCUGAUUCGGCAAAUACGGGGGCCAGAGCCAAGCAAUGGGAUGAGAAACCCGAGAAACCCCCACAGACGGUCGACGAGGCUCGUUACGAGCUCAACGUGGUCCAACCUUGGAGGGAGGCAGAGACCGUGAGGGACGUGUGGCGCCUCUGGAGCUGCACCACCGCCGAGGACACCCGUCGUCUGUGCGACAGGAUCACCGAGCCGGGAUUCGACGACCGCCACACCCUCCUCGCCGGUGCGACGCAUGGUGCACACGAAAUGAAGGUGCGCCGCAUGCUGAAGGCCACGGAUGCAGUUUGCCUCCUUCGCCCGAGCGACGGCGAGGCCGACACCGAAGCCGUCGUCGAUGCACUCAACAAAAUCGCAGCGUCGGGCAUUGGGACCUUCUGCGAUGCCCUCACGGUGCUCAAACCGGGAACCGGACCGACUUACUCCCAGGAGCCUGGCAUGGGCGUCAAGGGGCUAAGCAGGACGGCCGCGAAGCUACGUGUCGCGUUUGCGCUGGUGGCGCACAACUUGAAGACGAAAGAGUGGGUCGCCGCCCUGUUUCCAGACACCUGGGAGGAGCAGAUGCCGAAGGCCGAGGCCGACAUGGUCAAGCAGAGUGCCGCUAAGCAGUGGCCUCCGACUAAGACGCCGUCGAAGCGUAAGAAGACGGGGUGA